GUGGAGUUAAAGAGACAGCAGAGAUUGGGGAUUGUGUGGAGUUACAGACAGCAGAGAUUUGGGAUUGUGUGGAGUUACAGACAGCAGAGAUUUGGGAUUGUGUGGAGUUACAGACAGCAGAGAUUGGGGAUUGUGUGGAGUUACAGACAGCAGAGAUUAUGUGGAGUUAGAGACAGCAGCGAUUGGGGAUUGUGUGGAGUUACAGAGAUUGGGGAUUGUGUGGAGUUAGAGACAGCAGAGAUUGGGGAUUGUGUGGAGUUAAAGAGACAGCAGAGAUUGGGGAUUGUGUGGAGUUACAGACAGCAGAGAUUUGGGAUUGUGUGGAGUUACAGACAGCAGAGAUUUGGGAUUGUGUGGAGUUACAGACAGCAGAGAUUGGGGAUUGUGUGGAGUUACAGACAGCAGAGAUUAUGUGGAGUUAGAGACAGCAGCGAUUGGGGAUUGUGUGGAGUUACAGAGAUUGGGGAUUGUGUGGAGUUAGAGACAGCAGAGAUUGGGGAUUGUGUGGAGUUACAGACAGCAGAGGCUGUAAAAUUAAGGCCUAUGCUCGGCACUUACGACAGGGAGGAAUCUUUAUCGUGCCACACCUGCUGUGACACGGGACCUCGGUUUUUGUGGUCUCAUCCGAAGAACCGCCCCAUUUAGUCGCCUCUUACGACGAGCAAGGUGUACUGAGGACCUAUUCUAACUUGGAUGAUCUUUGCAAUAUGUCUACUGAAAAAAAAAAUCAACACCAGGUACAUGUACCUCAGUUCUGUAGGUUUUAUUUGAAGGAUUAAAUCCGGAUAUCAUUGUAACUUUAAAACAAGAGACCCAUGGGUCACAUCGCUCACCUGAGUUACCUUGACCCUGCUGUUAUUCAGCUGUUGUGAUUUUUAAAAGAUUUUUUGCAAUCUUUAUUUCUAUGAAAAUUUUUCAAAGGAUCCCAAUAUAACUGAACAUGAAUUCACACAAGAUGGAAAUGCUUCAACACCAAUAUGACUCAUAUGACUUUGCUGUUCUGGGAGGUCAAGGUCGCAUAGGGUUAUGGUAUGAAAUUAAAGGUUUUCCCAUAAGAAAUCAUACCCCGAGGUCAAAGUCACAAGACCGCCCAGUUCCAUUCUGAAUUUGCAGUAGGAUGCUCUAAAGUUCUAAACCUUUAGUGCGUCCAGCAACAGACUGCGAUCGACAGACGAUUAAGGUAACUCGACACGUCGUCUACGGAGUGGAAUCGCCUUUCUUAAAGUUGUCGAUAACUUAAUAGAUUAUAUUCAAUCAUUUAGUCGCAGGAUUUACACUCUGGCAUUAAUAAAAAUUGAGUGGAUUGGAGUAUUUAUGAAAACUUUAAUUUUGAAGAGUAAUUUAUAUAAAGAACAGAAGAAAAAAGAAGAAUAUGAAUUGACAAUAUGGGCAGUUUCACAAUAGUUCGAGCAAUCGUUGUCCGUCUUUUAUUCUCCUGCCACGGUUUGGUGUCAAUUUGGUUGCUGUACCAGGUGACACGAGAGCCUCGUUUUUGGUACCUUGCGACGUCAUUUGGAUUUCUUCUGGUCGAAACAACAAUCACCCUAGUCAGGAAACAGGGCAAGGAAUGGAAGUGGUUUUGUCCAAGCGUUCUGAUUUACCUAACCAUGACGGUUCCGGCAAUAUGGUUUUUGGAACUGCACGAAUUGGAAAAGCGUAUUGAUCAACGUGUGUCUGUUGGUUUAAACACAAGCAACUCAAGUUCAGUUCAAAUGAACAACGAGACAUAUGACCUAUCUGCAGAUCUCGGUAGUGUGUUAGGGGUCCAAUUUGAAAUUCGGUUACCGAUCAAUCUCAGUCCGGAUGAAUGGAUCCGCACCUUGGAACAGCUGCUAUUGUUGCUGUUGAUCUUGGGUCGAUGGAUGUUACCUAAAGGCAAACUAACGCAUGACCAGUUGUCCCAGUUGCUGCUGGUGUACAUAGGAACAGCCGCAGAUAUUGUGGAAUUCUUUGAAGCCUUUAAAGAAGAUGAGGUUCGCUUUAACAAAGUGUUGUGUAUAUCCAUUCUGGGACUGUGGAGCCUUAGUUUGAUACAAUUUACACUUGUCCUCACUGCAGCCAAUGCUCGCCGUGACCAAUCCGGCCUUGUUUCCCGCCAUUAUAACGUCAACAAACGGAAAUACGGUUGUUGUGCUCCAGACGUGUAUGGAAUCCUGAUAUCCAUCUUACUUCAAGACUUACCGUUCCUAGUUCUUCGUGUUUUGUUGAUCUUCAAAUUUAACGUCCUAAGUUACACUAAUAUGUUUUUCACUUCCAAGAACACGCUGGUCAUUUUGCUGUUAUUAUAUAGACUGGUGGUCGUAUUUAUAGAACGACGAGCCGAGGGUAUUCAACAAAAAUACAAUAACCUGAAAUCGAAAUCCGACCAUUCCCGCCCGGUCAUGUCCUCAAAAUAUAACGGACCGGGUAUUCCGCGCUCGAAACCCUGUAAUGGGAACGUUACGACAGGCGAGAAAGCUAGCCUGGUACAGAUGGACGUCUGCUCCGACGUUCAGCCCUCGGUACACAAACUAAGUCAGGAGAAACACAACCAUGGAAGAAAUUACAACGGAGACAAAAGCCUCGAUAGUCGUUUCUGAGUUUUUAUCAUGACGUGUGUACGCUGUAGUAGCUACACUGAGUGGGUGUGUCUGUAAGAAUGGUUGUUAUAAGUUUGAAUGUUUGUUUUGUGUUUAACUAUAAAAGUUUUUACUAUUGUAAAUUGUCAUCUUGUUUUCUUAGUAAAUAGAAUUGAACAUGCUAUAUUUAGUCUUUGUUGGUAAACAAAAGUAUAUAUAUACAAUUUGGCCUUGUAAAAAACUUCAAUUCACUACAUGCUUUUAAAAUUAUUUUUAUCUUUCUUUUAUUUUUUUUAAAUAUAUAUAUUUUAAGACAUCACGUUCUGUAUUCUUUAGAUGAUAAGAACUUCUUAGAAUGCAUGUAAUUUGUUGUGCCGCAGCAGUCAAAAUUAGCUUUUUUGAACAUAAUUAUUACAUUUAUUGAAAUAAUUGAGUGGGAUUCCAAAACUUCAGAUGCAGUUGACAUAGAUAAAGCUACUGAAAAUUUUGCUUCAACUUUUAUAAAACAUGUGAAGCAAUGCGCUCCUGAAAAAUCCGUUAUACAUGUAAGACCAAAGGAUAAAAAUCCGUUAUACCGAGCGAAGCAAGGCUCUAAAGGUAAGUAAAAGAAAAAAAUGAGAAAAUCAGCAAAUGAAUGGAGAUAAUCUCUACAUACGUUCACUGAAAAUUUUGUGAUCCAUAUGGGCGCCGCCAUGUUGCUUUGUUAAUUAGUUGCUUCUAGAGUUAUUCGUGUUUUACUUUUGAAUGCCAAAAAUACAAUACUGAUGUUUGUUAAAAAUGAAUGGUGUGAUUAUUAUUGUUACAGUUUUUAGCCAAUCAUCAAAUAGAAAAACAGUAAUACGAAUAAAUAGAUGAACGAA